CGCAACUUGACGGUGAAGAAGAAGGUGUCCAUUAUUAUAACUGUCAUAAAGAAGCAGUGGGGAGUAAGGACUUUCAUUUCUUUGCUCACAGUUAUUCUGCUGUGAUGUUUUAUUUUUCCUCUCUCUCUCUCUCUCUCGCCGUUUCCACUUUGCUGUCUCCGUUUCGAUCGAGCUUAGCGGGCUAACGUUAGCCAGUCAGCUAGCAUGAGCUGUUGUUUACAUGCAGCGACGAUGACGAUGAUGGUGAUGAUGAUGAUGAUGAUGAUGGUUGUGAUGGGCCUGAAGAGGUGUGAUAGCUAACCCAGCUACAGAUCUGUGCGAGGGGGCAGAGUCAUCGUCCAAGCCGCUCUGUGAGAACCACCUGACCCACCGCAGCUCAGGUGAUGGAUGUGUCCUCUCAGGAUUCGUCUCUUCUAGUCAUGGACCUGUCAAAGGGUUUCUCUGCCCCUCCCCUGAUCCCCCGACACGCUGAAGCCAAGAAGCCUGAGUGGUACCACCGCCGACCUCCUGGCUCAGAGAUCAGCUCCUCCUACAGAUCCAGACCCUCGUCCUCCUAUAACUCUUUGGACCCAGGUCCACCUGUACUCUGCAGGGACAUGGACCAGAGCCCAGAUUCUCUGGGCAACUACAUGAAUGCGACACUCACUCCCAGACUCGAUCUUUACCGGGUUGAAGGUACAGGUCGAGUUGGAGUCCACGGUAGCCUGUGGCAUCCAGGUUUCUAUGGACCAGACCAGACGGGGGGUCCGGGUCCUGAGAGCAGCGGGGGGGAGGAGAGUGACAGUGGCUCGGACGUGAUCUUCCUUGUAUCCUCGUCCAAAGAGCCGCUCUUGUGCAAUCCCUUUGUCCAGGACGGGGUGGGACACAUUGUGGAGCCGCUGUCCCCCACCGUGUCCUCCCCCGAUGUGGGACGGGGCUGUUACCACCGUCCCCAGCCUCUGAGCUCCCCAAGUCCUGACAGCUCCUACUCUGACGAGUCUUCGGAGAGCUCAGUGGACAUCCCAGUCCAUCACACACGGCCUGUCGUCCUCCUGUCGGAUCUCAGCGCUGCUUUUAGAAACCCCCCAGAGUCCGUGGAUGGCGUCUCCAGCGAAGACAGCGACAUGAUGGAAGUUUCAGUCUCUGGUGGAAAAAAGAAGACUUCUCUCUGUAAGAAGACAAAGACCAAAAAAGCUCAAAAAAGAGAAGUAAGACGCAGUUCCAGGGUCACAAGGUCCAGCACUGAGCUAUCUGCAUCUCCCUGCAGCGCUUCAAGGAGCGUCCUGAGGAGACGAGCCAAGAAUGACGCAGUCGGAAUCUACAAUGAAAGCGGAGACUCGGACGACCUGAUGGACUACGUGGCCAGAAUGUCCAGCUCAGACGCAGACGAGUUGCUCUCAGAGCCCAACAAGUUGCAGAGACUUAGCAGCAACUCAGAUGAGUCUGAUAUGGACACGCAGACAGACAGGAAGUCAGUGCAGAGAGAGACGCCACCUCACCAUAGAGUGUCCAAAAGCGUUGGUCGCAAACAGAAGACACAAAACCACAAUGCUCAUAAAACUGAAAAGAUCACGAGAACCGAGAAGAACCAGAAGAGCAUAGUCAAACCGGAGUCCCAAAACGACAAGUCUGCAGUCAAAAAGAAACCUCCGCGAGACGGAAGAAAAAACGUUGCUCAAAGACGGGUGGGUCUGCUCAGUUUCCUCCCACAGAGCCUGAGAUCAGACUGAGACAUGUGAACAUCAAUAAGGAGAAGAAGAAGGAGAAGAAGUCUGGGCAAUUCUGUCCCUUUGUUCACAUGGAGCAUAUGAGUUGCACUGUCAUAAACUGCCAGAGGGAGGAGGAGAAAAUAAGGAGCAAAGAAGAAGGACCACAGCAGAACGGGACCAGGUCUCUGAUCGGGUUCAUCCCAAAGUCGUCCUGUUUCCAGCCGGGUCGGUCGGGAUUAGAGAGCCCGGGUCAGACCAUGCUGAAGUGCUGCCUAUGUGGUCACACUGCCAACACCAUGAGCCUUGGAGACCUCCACGGCCCUUACAUCCCCUCCAGCCUGCCUGUGGACUGUCAGCAUCAGGAUACGGAUCAGAACAGGGCCAGGGGAAGUGAGCAAAAAGACGGCUCACGUGGGCUCAUAAACGGAAGUUCAGAAAAGUCCUCCUCUGAUGGUCUGCCCUGCUCCGCUGCUAAAACUCUAAACUCUCAUGUUUCUCCUCAAAUGGACGAGUGCUGGAUCCAUGAGGACUGUGGGAUCUGGUCUGCGGGAAUAUUCCUUGUCCAGGGGAGGCUGUACGGACUGCAGGAAGCGGCCCGCCACGCUCAGAGAACUGUGUGUUCAGCAUGCAGACUGACAGGUGCAAUUAUCGGAUGUUUCCAGAAGGGUUGUCAAUCAAACUAUCACUACAGAUGUGCCAUCCAGUCAGGUUGUGUUUUAAAUGAAGAAAACUUCUCAGUUCUCUGUCCGGAGCACAAGAACCGAUUGUUCAGUCUAGUAACCAGACGACGCAGGAGGUGACACAGACUGGACACUGCAGAAUUAUCAACACAUCUCCUCAGGGUGCAACUAGUUCAGCCUGACUUCACCUCAGCUGUUUCUUACACUGGUUAAUGUGUGUGUGUGUGUGUGUGUGUGUGUAUGUGUGUGUGUAUGUGUGUGUGUAUGUGUGUGUGUGUGUGUGUG